GUCCUACAUGAACUUUUAGAUGGGUUACAACGUGUUCAAUCUUUGAAAUAUGCUUUUUUUCUUUAUUUGCGCGUUUUAUGUGCUCCCGCAAUUGUUUUGCAGUACAAACGACCACUCUGUCAUUGACUCCAUCACCCCAGACGUAUACAUUUUGGACGCCAACGGAAAUCAGAAGAGAUCUGAGCAUGUUGCCCUCACGUACAACUCACACGUGACGCUUAUCUGCCGGACUCCAUCCACAAAUCAGGAAAUUUUUUGGCAUUACUCUGUUUUCGAUUCCAAUGACUUUACACCCGUUGUGCCUACCAAUUACUUGUCUGUUGACCGCACGAAACGGGGAGAGGUUGCUUUACAGUUGAAGCAGGUUCAGUUUUCUAUGGCUGGCACUUACCAAUGUUCGACAAGCGUGGCUAGUCGCCUGACAAACGUUCACGUCUACGGAAUUACGAACGCAAUCGGGGGUUCCGUUAACUUGAUUCCGAAACGUGAGGUUGUUGGCCAAUCUCAAUAUCAAACCUACGUUUUCGAUCCCACAUCUAGUCCGUCAGUCGCAUGCCAAUUCCGAGUCGGUAGAUACGGUAUCAAGUAUGUGUCAGUCAGGUGGAGAGGGGGAAAAUUCGCUACCCACCCAAAUCUGUACGACGUUGCCUAUUCGUCUGAUGAGUUGCACGGUUACAUUUGGAGUAACUUAACCAUCAAGCAUCCAACAUUCGAUCGCGCACUGUACGGCAAAUACACUUGUCAAUUUAACAUCAUCUCUGGUUCCAUGGAGUCUGCGGAAGUGGAAAUAACUGUCCCUCCGUUAAUCAGACGAUCCGACCAGGUCAUUGGCCCGUAUUCUGGCAAACGCUUUUCCUACACCUGCGAAGUCAUGGCGUACCCAGACAUUGUCGGCGCAGUUGCCUGGUCACGUGAGGGUAAGCCUAUACAAAUUAACUCCAAAGGAAAUGUACUUGUUCCGGCUGGAGAGUGGGCUAGUCGGAUAACGUUUGAAACGGACCAACAUCGUCACGAUCGUAUAGUGUUUGAUCCAGUUCAACCUGAGGACCGAGCUGUGUACUCAUGUUUCUUGCGCAGCCCAUUGGGCAAUGCAACAGGCGCUUUUUAUCUACGAGUGAAGGAUCGGUGGUCUAUCGUGUGGCCUUUGUUAGGCAUCGGAUUGGAAGUCACCGUUUUAUUUGUCAUCAUUCUGCUGUAUGAGAUCAAACAGCGCGCGAAGAAAAAAGCGGAGAAGGAGUUAGACGACGAUGCUCUCGUUACGGCGACUCGUUCACUUUACGGCCGGGACGCAUCGGGUGACGAAAUGUCCCUUCGACAGAGGCCUGUUCGAACGUAAUACAAGAUCGAUGCAGGCCUUCUCAACACUUUCCGGUGCAUGCGCAACUGAUUUAGACGAGGAAUAUCAAGUUGCUUCAUGUUGUAUGGCAAUACGGAAGUGUUAACGCAUACGCACACACUACGCACGUGCAAUCGUCCCAUACGUCUGGAUUCUUUCAUUUUCUGCAUCACCACCACCACCACCACCAAUAUCUCCCACUCCUGCUUCAAACAAGCCUGAGAUCCAGUUGCUUCACCUAGUGAACGUGACGCUACAAUUCAUCGCUCUUUCAAUCAUCCCUGAGUCUGCCAUCUUCUUUUAUGGCGCUAUGCCUCCCAUUUGUUUGCCCCUCUGACUGCAAGCUAAAGCGAUCUGUCAUUUCACAACCUCCGAUGAUGGGCAACGAGUACCACUUGCAAUUGUGUAUUGUGGUACCCGUUGUGACAACCGCUUACAUAGGCAUUUGCUCGAUUAGUCAGUGGUUUGCCUAGUUUUUCAUCCUGUUACACCCACUGUCGGACGAACUUAUCACCAUCCCUACAUUAUUUUUCCUUUGUCUUUCUACUUUAGACAUUACACGUUUCUUACUUUCACGUUCCCAUUGCGCUCAACGUCGUAUGACUUCCGUUUUUGAUAGAGUGGGGUACUUUGAAGCAGCCACCACAUUGCCGUCAGUUUACUUUGCAUCGUGGCCUCCGGUUGCAUAGUUCGUCACAUUAGUCGUACUUUUUUGUAGCAUCACCGGCUAAUCAAAUUUUUCCCUACUGCUUGUGAUACCAAACAUUUAUAUACCGUGCACACGUGUACACAUGCUAUAUAACGGAACAUUCUCUCUCUCUCUCUCACCAGUCUAUUUGACGUUUUGGCCGCUUUAUUGCAAUUUGUCUUGCACCAGCGCAAAAUUCGGUAGGCUCAUUUGGCCACCAUUGUGCUCCGGUCGUUCAUUUGCCAUGGUUACAGGAAUGAG